AUGACCCAAAAUAUCAUCCUUGGCCUGCGCAGCGUCCAGGUGCUCUUUGCCAUUAUUGUUCUCGGUCUCACAGCCUACGCCGUCAACUCCUCGCAAGGGAGCUCCCCGGAUGAAGUCAACUUCCUUCUCUUCGACGCCAUAUGGACCAUGCUCAUUGCUGUUCCCUACCUCGUUCUCUCACCACUCUACUUCCCCGCUGUAGCGCAUAAGUAUGCCCUCAUCGCUGCCGAGGCGAUCACGCUGCUCUUCUGGUUCGCCGGCUUCAUCGCUCUCGCUGCCUUGCUGCCCCCAGCUGGCAUUUGCAAGCACUAUACCUUCUGCAAAGUCCUGCAGGCUGCGACGGUUUUCGGGGCGUUCGAAUGGCUCCUUUUCGUCGCAACGGCUGUUCUCGUCGUCGUCCUCCCCUUGGUGCGCGGCAGAGAAACUCACAAACCUGAGGCGGGAGUAAACAUGCAAGCCCAUGUCGGCGUGUAA